UGCAGCGGCUGCAGCAAGACUUCGGCUCUAUCAGCCUCCAUUUGCCCAUACCAGCUUCCUUACCAGCAGGAGCAGCAGCAACAGCAGGAGCAGCAGCAGCAGCAGCAGCAGCAGCAAGCACCGCUUGUGGGGUAACCCAAGAGGGGGUUGGAUUACACGAAGGGCGUAACAAGGAACAAGAAUACAAAAACAGCAGCAGCAGCAGCAGCAGCACCGACAGCAGGGGCAACAGCAGCAGCAGCAGCGGUAGCCAACAGGAUGGCGAUGCAUUUCGCUGCUGCUGUAGUCUGCCGCAAGCAGCAAACAGCAGCAAUGCUGCUGCUGAGGUGUACAGGCAGCUCUGCUGCAACAGGAAGGAGAACCUGCGGCGUCUUGAAGCCCUCCAAUAUAGACAGCACAUGAAUAGCAGCAGCAGCAACAGCAGCAGCAGCAGCAACAACAGCAGCAGCAGCAGCAGCAGCAGGCUUCUUGUAGCACCAAGAACUGCAGCAAUAGCAGCAGGAGCAAUUAGUGACUGCAGAGCUGCAGCAACAGCAGGAGAGGAGCCUGUCUCUCGAGUUGUCCUCAACGCACAGCCUGCAGCAGCAGCAGCAGCAGCAGCAACAGCAGCAGCCCUUCCACCUUCAGAAGCAACAACAGCAGCAGCAACAGCAGCAGCAGCAGCAGCAGCAACAGCAGCACCUUAUGGUGCAUGCAUUCUGCUUGAGUCUGAUCAUCUAAUUGCUCCUUGCAUGGCACCAUUUGUCUUCUCUCGUUGCAGCAGCAACCGCUCAACUGCAGCAUCAGCAACAGCAGCAGCAGCAGCAGCAGCAGCAGCAGCAGCACCACGGAUAGGGGACUUUCUUGAAUGGAAUAUCUUUGGGUGUCUCUUCUUCCCUGCAGCAGAUGAGGGGACAUCUGCCCUUCUUGUUGCAGUAGAUGUGGGUCGGGGCCCGACAGCAACAAUGCAUGCACUGCAGCAGCAGCAGCAACAGAAGCAGCAGCAGCAGCAGCAAGACAUAAUGCUGCAGCUCUUUUAUCUAUCAAGUCUACGAGCACAAAAACUCGCAGCAGAAAUUCCUUUAGGAGAUCUUCCCUCUAUUACCUGCUGCUGCUAUAUACCUAGGGUUAUACUGCAGCAGCAGCAGCAGCAGCAGCAGCAGCAACAGCAGCAACAACAGCAGCAGCAGCAGCAGGGUGGAGAGUAUCAGCUUGUACAAGAGACACUUGUUGCUGCAUGGGAUGCCAACAGCAGCUGCUUUAUUGUUGUGCAAUUGAGGCCUUCAUAUGAGCAGCAGCAGCAGCAGCAGCAGCAGCAAGAGCAGCAGCAGCAAGAGCAGCAGCAGCAAGAGCAACAGCAGCAAGAGCAACAGCAGCAACAACGAGGAGAGACACCUACACCAGAGGCCCUUGAUGUUGCUGCUGAUUCCGUUGUUGUAAGCCGCAGCACAGAAGAUGCUUCUGCAGCAGCAACAGCAGCAGCAACAGCAGCAGCUACAGCAGCAGCUGCAGCAGCAGAAGCUGCUGCUUCUGGCCUCCCAUUAAGCAGCAAAUGGUUAUUUGUCCCGCUGCUGCUGUCGGGCCCCACAAGCACUCGUUAUCCUGUGUGCAUGCAGUGGGUGUUGCCGCGCUGUGUCCAAGCAGCACGAGAGCAGCAGCAGCAGCAGCAGCAGCAGCAGCAGCAGCAGCAGCACAACUGUAUUUGGGCACGAAGACUACCCCCUUUACUUGUUGGAUUCUCUGAUGGUUCCCUCUCUUUGCUGCUGCUGCCAGCAGCAGCAGAACAGAAACUCCUCGGACCCACAAGUGCGGGUCCUCCCCUUCUUUCUGAGGUUGUUGGUGGUCGAGGGAUCUGCAGCUGGCAUGAUCUGCUGCUGCUGCUGGAUUUUGAAUGCCACUGCAGCAACAGCAGCAGCAGCAACAGCAGCAGCAGCAGCAGCAGCAGCAGCAGCAGCGUCGAGGACUACUUACGCGUAUAUCUGUUAUCUUACUGUGAAAUCAAUGAGGUGGCAGCAGCAGCAGCAACAGCAUCGGCAAGCAGCACUGCAACACCGGAAACAGCAGCAGCAGCAACAGCAGCAGCAACAGCAGCAGCAGCAGCACCAGAAGCAGAAGCAGCACCAGCAACUGCAGCACCGGAAGCAGCUACUGCUGCUGCAGCUGAAAAUGCUGCUGAGCAGCCUACGUACGAACUGCAGCAGCUAAACUUCAAUGGACAAACCGCCAUAGUCACUAUGCAUAGCCCUGCAUGCAUUUGCUUCCUUGACGUAGUACACCGCCCGCUGCAGCAGCAGCAGCAGCAGCAGCCACAGCAGCAACAGCAGCAGCAGCACAGGGCAUUUGCUGCUCCGUCUUUUCAGCGUCUUCGGAUUGCUGCAGCAAGGGCUGAACAACUGUGA